GAGGGGGACGACGAGAAGAGAAAGUUGUGUUGGCGUUUGGCGGGCAGCCUCAUCACCCCUACCCACCUUUUGAUUGACACAACUCUUCCCUCGGGCAGCAGCUUUUUUUUUUCUGCAUACUCCAACGAAAGCAUAACAUACCAUACCAUACUAAACACCAAAAAAGACCAUACGCCCUUCCUUCGCGAAAAGUCACCUUCUCCCCAUUCGACUUGAUACAGUAAUUCCGAAGAAAAAGCAAACAUGAGUGUCGUCGGUGUCGAUUUCGGUACCCUCAACACGGUCAUCGCUGUUGCGAGAAACCGGGGUGUUGAUGUUAUCACCAAUGAAGUCUCCAACCGAGCAACCCCUUCGCUCGUAGGAUUCAGCCCCAAGAGCCGAUACCUGGGUGAGCCCGCAAAGACCCAGGAGAUCUCCAACCUCAAGAACACGGUCGGCUCUCUCAAGCGUUUAGCAGGUCGGAGUCUCAGCGACCCCGAUGUUCAGAUCGAGCAGCAAUAUGUCUCAGCACCCCUCGUCGACGUCAACGGCCAGGUCGGCGCCGAGGUUUCAUACCUGGGCGAGAAGAGGAAGUUCAGCGCAACCGAGUUGGUCGCCAUGUACCUCAGCAAGAUCAAGCAGACCGCCUCCGCAGAGCUGAGGCUGCCUGUCAACGACCUCGUCAUGAGCGUACCCGCCUGGUUCACCGACAUCCAGCGUAGAGCUCUCCUCGACGCCGCCGAGAUCGCUGGCCUCAGGCCUCUGCGUCUCAUCAACGACACAACUGCUGCCGCCCUCGGCUACGGUAUCACCAAGCUGGACCUGCCCGGCCCCGAGGAGAAGCCUCGCCGUGUCGCAUUCAUUGAUAUCGGCCACAGCAACUACACCUGCUCCAUCGUCGAGUUCAAGAAGGGUGAGCUUGUCGUCAAGUCGACUGCCUGCGAUAGACACCUUGGCGGCCGUGACUUCAACCUCGCCCUCGUUAACCACUUCCACAAGGAGUUCCUGGCCAAGUACAAGAUCGACAUCAAGUCCAACCCCAAGGCCAUGGUCCGUGUCGACGCUGCCGCCGAGAAGCUCAAGAAGAUCUUGUCUGCCAACCAACAAGCACCUCUGAAUAUCGAGUCGCUCAUGAACGAUGUCGAUGUCUCCGCCAUGGUCACGCGACAGGAGUUUGAGGCGCUCGUUGAGCCCGUCAUCAACCGGGCCACUGGCCCUCUUGAGCAGGCUCUGGCCGAAGCCAAGUUGAGCAAGGACGACAUUGACUUCAUAGAGCUGGUUGGUGGCUGCACACGUGUCCCCGCCCUCAAGGAGAGAAUCCAAGACUUUUUCGGAAAGCAGCUCUCCUUCACCCUCAACCAGGAUGAAGCCAUCGCCAGAGGUUGCGCCUUCAGCUGUGCCAUCCUCUCGCCUGUCUUCAAGGUCCGCGACUUUGCCGUCCAAGAUAUCUGCACCUACCCAAUUGAGUUCUCCUGGGAGAAGGAUGCCGAUAUUCCCGACGAGGAUACCAGCCUCACUGUUUUCAACAAGGGCAAUGUCUUGCCUUCUACUAAGAUUUUGACCUUCUACCGCAAGCAGGCUUUCGACCUUGAGGCUAGGUAUGCUAAGCCCGAGGAUCUACCCGGCAAGACUUCCCCAUUCAUUGGUCGUUUCUCCGUCAAGGGUGUAAAGGCCGAUCCCAAGACCGAGUUCAUGAUCUGCAAGCUUAAGGCGCGUGUCAACAUCCACGGUAUCCUGAACGUCGAGAGUGGUUACUACGUCGAGGACCAGGAGGUUGAGGAGGAGAUCAAGGACGAGAAGGAUGGCGAUGCCAUGGAGACUGACGACAAGAAGGAUGACAAGCCCAAGACCCGAAAGGUCAAGAAGCAGGUGCGCAAGGGUGACCUGCCCAUUGUUGCUGGUACUCCUGGUCUCGAUGAGGCUGCCAAGAACGCUGCCGCCGAGAAGGAGAACGCCAUGGUCAUGGAGGACAAGCUUGUUGCCGACACAGAGGAGAAGAAGAACGAGCUCGAGGCCUACAUCUACGACAUGCGCAACAAGAUUGACGACCAGUUCGCCGACCUCGCCAGCGAUGAUGAGAAGGACAAGAUCCGAUCCAAGUUGACGGAAAGCGAGGACUGGCUAUACGAGGACGGCGAGGAUGCCAGCAAGGCUGUAUACAUUGCCAAGAUGGACGAGAUCCGUGCUAUGGUUGGCCCCAUCAGCCAACGGUACUUCGACAAGGUCGAGUCGGAACGUCAGGCAGUGCAAUCCAAGCUCGAUGCUGAGGCUGCCGCCAAGCGCACCGAGACAGAGUCAAAGAAGGCCUCAGAAGAGCCCGCUAAAGACGAGCCGAUGGCCGAUGCCCCUGCGCCUCAGCCUGAGACUGAGGAGAAGUAAAUUAUCUACUAGACGGGAGACUGGUUUAUGAUGCUUUAUGAUGCGUACGUAAUGCGGAUACAUGAAGAUUUCCUGAAUGGCGCGACGGGAUCAGGUAUAAAGAAUAGAUAGACUUGAUAUGACGAGAUUCAUUGAGCAUGACCCAAUUGUCUCUUGCACCCGAAAGCCAAUUAUUUUGAGAUUCCCUGCAUCAAAGUCUUCUUGGCUGGCAAUGUUUCGUCCUACUUGCACCGCUAUGAAAGUUUACAUGUAUGCGUGUGUCUCAACAUGUUCCAAAUAUCUCAAAGGGUGGCUCCCAGAAUUGGC